AUGCCAGGUGGUGGUGUUGUCCCCGUUUUGACGACCAAUGCUGGUCCCAUUAUCAAGCCCAAGACGAAGAAGCAGGCCAUCCGCGCCGUCUUGGCCUCCAGCUUCAUGGCCAUGGGAGGGUGAGUAGAGAUGCGCAGUCGGUGCGAGAUGACAACAUGACUGACGCGCAGCACCACUUUGGAACGCUUCCAGUAUCCUGUUCGGCUACGACACUGGAACCAUCUCCGGUAUCAUUGCCAUGGAGAAGUUCAAGCAAGACUUUGGUACUUAUUACGACGUCAAUGUGCCCACCAACACCACGCCGAUUCCUCAGCCAGGGUGGUCUCUCUCCACCGGAGACACUUCGCUUGUGGUCAGCAUCCUGUCUGCAGGUACCUUUGUCGGAGCUCUCUGCGGCGCGCCUAUCGCCGACACUCUCGGCCGUCGAUGGGGUCUUCAAGUGGCCAUGGUCGUCUUUUGCGUCGGUGUCAUUCUUCAGCUGAUUGCUCAGGCGCUGCCUCUCUUCAUCGUGGGAAGAGUCGUCGCCGGUCUGGGUGUCGGUAUCGUCUCUACCAUUGUUCCCAUGUUCCAAGCCGAGACGGCUCCUCGCUGGGCACGUGGCGCCGUCACCUCUGGUUACCAGUGGGCCAUCACCAUCGGUCUUCUCUUUGCUGCGCUCGCCAACAACGGCACGAAAGACAGGACGGACACUGGCUCCUACCGCAUUCCUAUCGGUGUUCAGCUCGGCUUUGCCUUGAUUCUCAGCUUUGGUACCAUGCUCCUUCCCGAGUCUCCUCGUUGGUUCGUCAAGAAGGGCAAGAUCGAGCAAGCCGCCAAGAGCCUUGCCACCCUCAACGCCACCGACGUGGACGACGCUUGCGUGCAAGCCGAGCUUGCUGACAUUCGCACCAAUCUCGAAGUUGAGCUCACCCACGGAAACGGCUCCUACCUCGACUGCUUCCGCAACAACGACCGCAAGAACCUCACGCGUACGCUUGUCGGCACAUGGCUCCAAGCAUGGCAACAAUUGACUGGUAUCAACUUCAUCUUCUACUACGGCACCCAAUUCUUCAACAGCACUGGUGCUGGUGACCCCUUCGUCUUCACCAUCGUCUCCAAUGUCGUCAAUGUCGUCUGCACCGUUCCCGGUAUCUGGGCCAUGGACCGCGUGGGCCGUCGUAACAUUCUCGUCUGGGGUGCAGUCUGGAUGGCCAUCAUGGAAGGCAUCGUCGCAAUCAUCGGCACCGUCUUUGGAAACUCCAACCCUGCGGCUCAACGAGGUCUCGUCGCCCUCGUCUGCCUCUACGUCGGUGGUUUCGCCAGCACCUGGGGACCAGCUGCUUGGGUCGUCUGUGGUGAAAUCUUCCCUCUCGCCAUUCGUGCCAAGGCUCUUUCGCUUUGCACCGCUUCGAAUUGGCUUUGGAACUUUGGAAUUGGAUACGCCACCCCUUACCUCGUCGACAGCGGACCUGGCAAGGCCGGCCUGGGACCCAAAGUCUUCUGGAUCUGGACCGCCACCUGCGCCAUGUCUGCCGUCUUUGCCUACUUUUGCAUCGUGGAGACGAAGGGUCUCUCUCUCGAGGAAGUCGACAGUCUCUACUGCACCACCUCCCCUCGUCUCUCUGCUGCCGCCAACAGAGAGAUGCGCGCCAGGCGCUCCGACCUCGAGACCGUCGGUGCUCACAUGGUCAGCGACGAGGCUGCCGAGGCCGACGCUGCCAAGCGCGACGUCGAGUACGAGUCCAAGACCGUGGACGCUUAA